AUGCGAGAUUUGAAGCCACAGGAGAAGAACGACGUGCUUGAGAAGUUGAAUUUUUUUAUCGGAGACAACGUGGGCAGGAUAAUCGACAAGGAUAACAAGAUAGUCUUCCACCAUCAGCGUGUGAUGCUUGUUUCUGAAAAUGUCUACGCAGCAACGUCUAUGAUUCCCAGGAAGUGUAUUGCGAUAGCUGGAACCGUGCUGGGCAAGUUUACGAAGACAGGCAGGUUCCGGCUGGGAGUAGCUGCGCUGCACAUAUUGUCACAGUAUGCGAUCCAUAGAGUCUGGAUCAAGAGCAGUGCAGAGAUGUGCUAUUUGUAUGGGAACAACUCGUUGAAGUCGCAUGUUUUUAGAUUGUCCGAGGGCAUUCCGCAGAAUGCAGGAGUAGUAGUGUACAAUCAGAAUGAUGUUCCGCUUGGGUUUGGAGUGACCUCGCUGAGUGCACAAGCAUAUUCUACAGCGAAGGGGCAUGCGCUUGUUCUUCUACGACAGGUAGAUGCGGGUAUGUAUAUUCGUGAUGAGGAGCAUGCUCUAUGA